CUUAUUAUUCUGACUAAAUCUACUCAGAUUGUCUUCCUGGUUGAUUUUCUUUCUACUAAGCUGUCAGAAAAUGAGUUCAGAUAUUAUUAUGUCUCCGUCGUAUUAUGGCAGCAUAGCAGCAGCUCAGGGAGACCAGGAGAAAAGUCCUCCUCUAGAACAGGACAUCCCACAGCUGUCCUCAGGCUCAGUCACCGCCGGGUACCGCUCAGCUAAAUACAGCCCUGCUGAAUGGUUCUCCAACUACCAAACCAUCCUUGAACAGGCUGGUACCAACCACAACAAAGCCCAAAACAUCAAGCAGAAGUCCAGAACUUUGAGCCAGGACACAGAGGCUGCUGCUUUGAAGACCCAGGCUGAGGGAACACGUCUUCUUGGAGAGAGACUCCAAGAGAUCCACUACUGGAAGUCUGAGCUGCAGCGGCACAUUGAGCACCUGCAGGCUGAUACAGAGUCACUGCUGAUGCUGAAGAAGCGUCUGGAGAGAUCUCUGGAUUCCACUGAGACUCCUUAUGCCAUCGCCACUGAUAAUUUGACCUGCAGAGCAAGAAGACUGGGAGCAGAGCUGGUCAGAGACAUCGUGGAGGAGGAGCUGGUAAAGGAGGUGGACUUGAUCAGAAGCAUUCAGGCUCUGCUGGAGAAAACUGCUGCUCAGAUUGUCGCUCAAAUCAAAAGGAACAGAGAGGCCCAGCAAACAUUGGAGAUGGACUGGUCUGAUAAGUGUCAGGCUUAUAGCUUUGACGAUGCUAGUGGAAGACACAGUAACAUGAGUCCAGAUACACAGCAGCACCCCAGCUCAGCCACCAUGCAGGAACAGGUUUCUACCCCCUCAUCAUGGACACAGUUUACUCAAGACAACCUGUCCAAGGCCAUGCAGGAGGAACAGGCCACCAACAAUCUCAGAAUGCUUGUGGAGCAAAUGCUGCAGGACAUCACUGACGAUUUGAGAGUCCAAUGCACCCGCGUGGACCGAGCCUUCAGCCUGCGUUGUGAGGACCUUAUUGAGGCCAAGACCCAGCUGGAGAUGAAGUUAGUUCAGACUUUGGAGCAAAUCGGGUCCCAGGAGAAGAACAUUGAGGCUCUACAGCAGGCCAUUCACAACAAAGAGGCCCCACUGAGAGUGGCUCAGUCCAGGCUUUAUCUUCGUUCUCUCAGACCAAACAUGGAACUCUGCAGGGACCAACCCCAGCUCAGUUUGGAAGCAGAAGUGAAACAGAUUGAUGCCACCUUGGAGUCUCUGAAGCAGAAGCUGAGCGAAGCCAGACGCUCCCUGUCCCAUCUGGAGGAGUCAAGGAUGGCUCUUCAGAAGGACAUAAACUGUAAAACCCACUCACUGUUUAUUGAGAGGGAAAAGUGCAUGACUUACCGUAAACGAUACCCAACCAUCUCAGCACUGUCAGGAUACUGAACAAGACUGCUUUUACUUUCAUAACAUGGGGUUGUUCUGGUUUUAGUUGCGUAUUGCUGUGAUCAUAGUGCUGGAGAACAACAUCUAGUCUUCCUCCAGAGAGAUUAUUUCUUUUACAUGACUCAAACCUUUCUUUUUUACAUCAACUGUUUUUGUGUUUAAUCAGCUGCUUGAUUAAUACAGGAUUUUUUGAUGUCUGAAAAUAAUUAAUUGUCAAUUCAACUGUUGGCUUCUUUAAAGGGGACAUAUCAUGCUUUUAAAUCCUUCCUUUUCACACUUAAAUCAUUCAGUUGUGGUCAUAAAGUGGAACUGCAAUGCUUUGGUCUGAAUUCCUUGUUACUGUAGCGCCUCAGGCUCCUCUUUUUCCUGUAUUCUGAGAUGCAUCUGAGAGCAACUUGUUUUGGUGCGGUCUUUUUAAAUGCUACUGACAUACUUUACACCCCGCCCCCCUUGAGGUCAAGGAGCACUGCAUUUAACCCGUUUUUAAGCCAUUUUUGUUGUUUGAUAACACAGAUACACUUAUCUAGUGCCUCAGAAACAAGACAAAAACAGUGAUAACAAUGCAAAACUUUUUAUGUAAUAAUACUAUUCAAAACAUGCAGUACGUUAUGUCCUCAAGAAGCUAAAAGCAGCA